UUGACAGUUUAGCGUUAUAUUUAUGUUUACUGUGAAUUUAAUAAAUAUUUUGUAUUUAUUGGCUUUUUCGUUUGGAAAAGUAAUUUUCUUCAGACAACAAUAGCUUGUAUGCCAAAAUGUCGGUACCACCACAGGCAUUUGUUAAUAAAAACAAGAAACAUUUCCUAGGGAUCCCUGCGCCCUUAGGUUAUGUCGCUGGUGUUGGUCGAGGUGCUACAGGUUUUACUACACGGUCGGAUAUUGGACCGGCUCGAGACGCCAACGAUGUGUCUGAUGAUCGUCAUGCUCCACCGGCGGCAAAACGUAAGAAAACAGAAGAAGAAGAUGAUGACGAAGACUUGAAUGAUUCCAAUUACGAUGAAUUUUCUGGAUACAGUGGCUCGUUGUUCUCUAAGGACCCUUAUGACAAAGAUGAUGCUGAGGCAGAUGCAAUAUAUGAAUCUAUUGACAAGAGAAUGGAUGAAAAAAGAAAGGAAUACAGAGAGAAGCGUCUCAAAGAAGAUCUGGAGAGAUAUCGUCAAGAGAGACCGAAAAUACAACAGCAGUUUUCAGACUUAAAGAGAGAACUAAAAGUGGUUACGGAAGAAGAAUGGGCAGCAAUUCCAGAAGUGGGUGAUGCUAGAAAUAGAAAGCAGAGAAAUCCUCGAGCUGAGAAGUUCACUCCAUUACCUGAUAGUGUACUGUCAAGGAAUCUUGGUGGAGAAUCUAGUACUUCUAUAGAUCCAGGAUCUGGUCUGGCUUCAAUGAUGCCAGGAGUUGCAACACCUGGAAUGCUUACUCCCUCAGGUGACUUGGAUUUGCGAAAGAUCGGUCAAGCAAGGAACACACUGAUGACUGUAAAAUUAUCUCAAGUAUCUGACUCAGUCACAGGACAGACAGUUGUCGAUCCUAAAGGAUAUUUAACUGAUCUGCAAUCUAUGAUACCGACUUACGGAGGUGACAUCAAUGAUAUUAAAAAAGCCCGCCUAUUACUGAAAUCUGUAAGAGAAACAAAUCCUAACCAUCCACCAGCUUGGAUCGCUAGUGCUCGAUUGGAAGAAGUAACAGGCAAAGUGCAAUCAGCCCGUAACUUGAUAAUGAAGGGUUGUGAGGUUAACCCGAGUAGCGAGGAGUUGUGGCUGGGGGGGGGGGGGCUGCAGCCGCGCGACACGGCGCGAGCCGUCAUCGCGCACGCCGCUAGGAACCUGCCUCAUAGUGUCAGGAUAUGGGUCAAAGCUGCUGACUUGGAGCAGGAGACCAAGGCAAAACGUCGUGUUUACCGCAAAGCGUUAGAACAUAUACCAAACUCGGUUCGUCUUUGGAAAGCAGCAGUGGAAUUGGAGAAUCCAGAAGAUGCUCGUAUUCUUCUAUCACGUGCUGUAGAAUGUUGCCCGACUAGUGUGGAACUCUGGCUUGCUUUAGCUAGACUGGAAACAUAUGAGAAUGCCAGAAAAGUGUUAAACAAGGCCCGAGAGAACAUACCAACUGACAGACAGAUUUGGGUGACUGCAUCAAAACUAGAAGAGGCUCAUGGCAACACUCACAUGGUGGAGAAGAUCAUAGACCGUGCAAUCACAUCUCUCAGCGCGAACGGAGUGGAAAUCAACAGAGAACACUGGUUCAAAGAAGCAAUGGAGGCAGAAAAAUCAGGAGCGGUACACACUUGUCAGGCUAUAAUACGGGCGAUUAUUGGACACGGAAUCGACCCAGAGGAUCAAAAGCAUACAUGGAUGGAAGAUGCAGAAGCUUGCGCGCACUCAGGCGCGUACGAGUGCGCGCGCGCGAUCUACGGCUACGCGCUGUCCGUGUUCCCCUCCAAGAAGUCUAUCUGGCUGCGCGCCGCCUACCUGGAGAAGCAGCACGGCAGCCGCGCCAGCCUGGAGGCGCUGCUGCAGCGCGCCGUCGCGCACUGCCCCAAGUCGGAGGUGCUCUGGCUCAUGGGGGCCAAGUCCAAGUGGUUGGCAGGUAGAACUCCGGUUUUAAUGUUUACAUUUAAUGUCGUGUCAUGUAGAUUCAAGCUAUUUAUAGUUUUGAAGAAAUGUGCAACAAGCGUACCAAUGUGGAUCCUACUAUCGAGGCUGGAGGAGAAACUGAAACACGUCACUAAAGCGAGGUCUGUGCUAGAAAAAGCAAGGUUAAGAAACCCUAAGAACCCGGAACUUUGGUUGGAGAGCGUGCGGCUGGAGCGGCGCUGCGGCGCUGCGGACAUCUCGAGCGCGGUGAUGGCGAAGGCGCUGCAGGAGUGCCCCGCCGCCGGCCGGCUCUGGGCGGAGGCCAUCUUCAUGGAGUGUCGGCCGCAGAGGAAGACCAAGAGUGUGGAUGCAUUAAAAAAAUGCGAGCACGACGCGCACGUGCUGCUGGCGGUGUCGCAGCUCUUCUGGACGGAGAGGAAACUCAACAAGUGCCGCGAAUGGUUCAACCGCACGGUAAAAAUAGACCCCGACUUAGGCGAUGCGUGGGCGUUCUUCUACAAGUUUGAGUUGCUCCACGGCACGGAGCAGCAGCAGGAGGAGGUGAAGAACCGCUGCAAGAGCGCGGAGCCGCACCACGGCGAGCAGUGGUGCCGCGUCUCCAAGGACAUCGCCAACUGGUGCUACAGCACGGAGCAGGUGCUGCUGCUGGUGGCCAGGGACCUGCCCGUGCCCACGUAGGUAACCAGUAUAACUUGGUCUCUUGAUUUGUAAAGUUUUUCUUGAAGUGUUAGUUUUAAUAUGGAUAAAAAAGGACACUAAACAAAUGAAAAAGUGAUAAGGAAAAUUGUUAAUUUAGUAGUAUUUGUGGGAGUUUCCCGUUGGGCCGAUCACUCGAAGGUCAAUCGGCGAUGGGAAUUUUUUUAUUUACCAGGUUGCCUAUGUAAAUUCAAUCGACCUAAUGGGAAAAUAUCUUAUUCAGUCCAUCAGCCCAACGGGAAACACUUGAGUAAAGUCAUAUUGUCAAUUGUUAAUAUUGUAGUCUAAGACAUUAGUAUAGAUUUUAUGGAUAUGUCUUGUAUACCAAAACUCAAAUAAAAAUUUGU